UCAGCCGCUGCCCGGCUCGCGCCGCCUCGCGCUCCCGCUCGGUCAGUGGCGCCGAAGGCUCCGUUAAGCGGGGCGGCCGUGGUUCCUGUUUCCGUUCCUUCCUCUGCCUUCAGUCGGGAGUAGCAUCCUCCACGCAGCCACUCCUCCUCCCGCCCCGGCCCCGACUCUCAGCCCUCCGGCGCGCCGGGGCAGCUGCAGCCCAGGGCUGUGGCCGUGGCCACCGGGGACGGCGCAGACCGCCUCGCUCCCGCCUUCGGGUUGCUGCUUUUGCUAAGAGGCUGUCCAUGACUCUGGUAGCGUUUUUGGUCAAGAUAAAGUGCUUUAAUGCUUUUAUUCAGAACAGCUAAUAAUUUUGGUGACCCAGAUUCAAGCAAUAAUAUCUUUCCCUGGAAAUACCAUGUGGUUUCAUCAACAUCUUAUGUUCUAAGGACAGGAAGGAUGUAGUAGCCACGAAGCACAGCACAGAAGCGCUUCCUUCUUGAAUCACCAGGAGGAUCCCUGUAAGAGUCACCACAGGACUACCAGAGAGAAUAAUUUGUCUCAAGCAUCAUGUGUUGAAACAACAGAAUUCUAUCAUCUGUGCACCAACUAGAAACAGAGCUACAAUGUGUUCAAUUCUUUGAGCUGCAGGAAGUCAGGGGAGUGAGUUGAAAAUCUGAAAAUGCGGCCAUGGACUGGUUCCUGGCGUUGGAUUAUGCUCAUUCUUUUUGCCUGGGGGACCUUGCUGUUCUAUAUAGGCGGUCACUUGGUUCGAGAUAAUGACCACCCUGAUCACUCUAGCCGAGAACUGUCCAAGAUUCUGGCAAAGCUUGAACGGUUAAAACAGCAGAAUGAAGACUUGAGGCGAAUGGCUGAAUCUCUCCGGAUACCAGAAGGUCCAAUUGAUCAGGGGACAACUACAGGACGAGUACGUGUUUUAGAAGAGCAACUUGUUAAGGCCAAAGAACAGAUUGAAAAUUAUAAGAAACAAACUAGAAAUGGUUUGGGAAAGGAUCAUGAAAUCCUGAGGAGGAGGAUUGAAAAUGGAGCUAAAGAGCUCUGGUUUUUUCUGCAGAGUGAGCUGAAGAAAUUAAAGAAUUUAGAAGGAAAUGAACUCCAAAGACAUGUAGAUGAAUUUCUUUUGGAUUUAGGACAUCAUGAAAGGUCUAUCAUGACAGAUCUCUACUACCUCAGUCAAACAGAUGGAGCAGGUGAUUGGCGGGAAAAAGAGGCCAAAGACCUGACAGAGUUGGUCCAGCGGAGAAUAACAUAUCUCCAGAAUCCAGAAGACUGCAGCAAAGCCAGGAAACUGGUGUGUAACAUCAACAAAGGCUGUGGCUAUGGCUGUCAGCUCCAUCAUGUAGUCUACUGCUUUAUGAUUGCAUAUGGCACCCGGAGAACACUCAUCUUGGAAUCACAAAACUGGCGAUAUGCUACUGGUGGAUGGGAAACUGUGUUUCGGCCUGUAAGUGAGACAUGCACAGACAGAUCUGGCCUCUCCACUGGACACUGGUCAGGUGAAGUGAAGGACAAAAAUGUUCAAGUGGUCGAGCUCCCCAUUGUAGAUAGUCUUCAUCCUCGCCCUCCAUAUCUUCCCUUGGCUGUGCCGGAAGACCUUGCAGAUCGACUCCUAAGAGUCCAUGGCGAUCCUGCGGUAUGGUGGGUAUCUCAGUUUGUCAAAUACUUGAUCCGCCCACAACCUUGGCUGGAAAAGGAAAUAGAAGAGGCUACCAAGAAACUUGGCUUCAAACAUCCAGUUAUUGGUGUCCAUGUCAGACGCACAGACAAAGUGGGAACAGAAGCGGCCUUCCAUCCCAUCGAGGAGUACAUGGUACACGUUGAAGAGCACUUUCAGCUCCUCGCACGCAGAAUGCAAGUGGAUAAAAAAAGAGUGUAUUUGGCCACCGAUGAUCCUUCUUUGUUAAAGGAGGCAAAAACUAAAUAUCCCAAUUAUGAAUUUAUCAGUGAUAACUCUAUUUCUUGGUCAGCUGGACUACACAAUCGAUAUACAGAAAAUUCACUUCGGGGUGUGAUCCUGGAUAUACAUUUUCUUUCCCAGGCAGACUUCCUAGUGUGUACUUUUUCUUCCCAGGUCUGUCGAGUUGCUUAUGAAAUCAUGCAGACACUGCAUCCUGAUGCUUCUGCAAACUUCCAUUCUUUAGAUGACAUCUAUUAUUUUGGGGGUCAGAAUGCCCACAACCAGAUUGCCGUUUAUCCUCACCAACCUCGAACUGAAGAGGAAAUCCCCAUGGAACCUGGAGAUAUCAUUGGUGUGGCUGGAAAUCACUGGGAUGGCUAUUCUAAAGGUGUCAACAGAAAACUGGGAAGAACAGGCUUAUAUCCUUCCUACAAAGUCCGAGAGAAGAUAGAAACAGUCAAGUACCCCACAUAUCCUGAGGCUGAAAAAUAAAGAUCAGGUAUAAGAGAUGAACAACAAACUCAGUUCAAACUAUCUCAAUCAAACGGAAGGUGGCCUGCACUUAACAACAUGGUUCAAUAACAGAUGCCCUUGGCACCAAGAGCAACUGGAAACUCUCAGAUGCUUCACUGGUGGAAUUUGUCUUUACCAAGGGCUGCAGUGUGCCCUUAUGCCCAUGCACAGUAUAAUAAUGUACUCACAUAUAACAUGCAAAUGGAUUAUUUUCUACUUUGUCCCUUCUUUAAAUAUUAUGUCCCCAUAAAACAAACACUGCCACAUUGUAUAAUUUAAGUGACACAAGACAUUUUGUGUGAGACUUCAAACAUGGUGCCUAUAUCUGAGAGACCUGUGUGACUUACUGAGAAGACAUGAACAGUUCCCUUCUGUGGGAAAGUUGAUUCUUAGCCAGUGGUGGUGGUGUGACCACUGAAUCACUCUAGUCAACAGAUUCAGAAUGAGAAUGGAUGUGGGUUUUUUUUUUGUUUUUUUUUUUUUUGCCCUUUAUAAGGUUGUCUGGAUUUUGUUUUUAAGUAAUUGCAUCAGUCAGUUCAUCCACCUCAUCAUUAAUAAAUGAAGGAUACAUCAGAAAAUAAAAUAUUCACUCUCCAUUAGGAACUUUUGUAAACCAAUGCCAUGAACAAAUUCUUUAGUACUCAAUGUUUCUCGGCAUUCUCUUUGAUAACAAAAAAUAAAUUUUAAAACUGAA